AUGAUUGCUCAAACUGUCUUCGCUGCUGCCCUCGUCGCCUCUGUCUCAGCUGGCUGGGAAUCCAAGACCGGCUCAUGUAACACUGGUAAACUCUCGUGUUGCGAUUUGAACAAAAAGGUUCAAAAGUCAACCGGUGAAGAAUCAGGCCUCCUCCACACUGGCGACGUUCUCGACCAAGUCGGUGUUCAAUGUACUCAAGUCCCCCUCUUGAUCGGAGUUGCUAUAGAGGAUGAAUGCAAAAACACUCCCACGUGCUGUGAAGACGUCAAGGAAGAUGGUCUCGUUGGUGUCAACUGCACUCCAAUCCCUCUCAUUUAA